AUGUCAUACAAAUGUUCCAAAGCUCGGGUUAUUCAAUGGAUGUCUAAUAUUUGUAAGUACGUAUGUACAAAUACUGGUUUAAUACUUAAACCAGGUAAACACGCAGCAAUUGAAUUAAGAGAUGGUUCAAAAAUGAUAAUUGAAAAUGCACAUUUGCCUCUAUCAAGAGAAGAUCUACAUUUGAACUAA